UGACGAUGCAGUAGAUUUAUUCGUUCAAGUUUUAUUUAAAUUGUCUGCCAUCUUUUGUUUGUCAGCUGAGUCCUAGAAAAAAACAAGAAAUUAUUCGAUCGUUUUUAAGGGUUUAAUUAUUCCAAUAUGGAUCGAAAUAUACGUUAUGAAGUGUUGUCGGGAGAAGAGGAGAGAGUGCCAGCAGAACCGGUGGUUUUAGCAAUGGUCAUUCCCCCACAGACUGAAGAAUCCGAACAACCAACUCAACAAAAUACUGAGGAGUGUUUUGGUACAAAGCUGCCAACUUACCAAGAGGCGACAACGUUACCGACAUACGAGGAGGCUGAGAAGUCGAAGGCGGCGGAGGCGUUGAUACAGUCAGACAUUGAAAGACAGAGAGAGGAGGAACACGAGAGGUUUACGGACAUUACAAUUGGUACAGAUGGAAUGUUCCUAUGUACCUUCAUUAUGUCUUUCUUGUUCAACUGGAUAGGGUUCCUGUUCUCGCUGUGUAUUUCCCAAACUGUGGCUGGGAGAUGUGGGGCAUUGUCUGGACUGGGACUUAGCAUUGUAAAAUGGGUAGCCAUUGUGAAGCAUAAUCAGUGGGCAGAUGGAUUCGCUGAGGAGGAUUCAUGGGUUUGGUGGCUGCUUAUAUUCUGUGGGUUUAUGAUAUUUGUUCGCGGGGCAGUGCAGUACGCAAGAGUGAAAUUUGAAUGGAACAGAUUCAGCGUGCACGGACAGGUGCGCAGAUACUACCUGUUCUGAUUGCUUAUCCAUUGACCAGCAAAACGAAGAUGGGGAUACAUUUUAUUGGUUAAAUAUUGUACUGUAUAUAUAAAUGGUAUUGAAAAAAGAAUGUUGGGGAUAUUUAAAAAAUUCAUUAAAGGUUCAGCCAUUUAUUAGUACAGAUUGUUGUUUAUUAUAAAAUUACACCUAACAUGGGAUACAAAUGUAUUUUAUUCAUUUGAAUUCCUGUUAUAUUUCACUACUGUAAUGCUACUAUAUAGGUUGCACAAUUUUAUCCAAGAAUUAAGUAGCUCAUCACAUUUUUAGUCCAUUCUUGCAUGUUUAUCACGAAGUGGGUGGAAAUUAGCAGUAAGGUAUAGGGGACCAUUCACAUUGUCGAUUUCUUUGAACUUAACUUAUAAUACAUUUUUUCACAUAAUUGUAGGAUUUAGAAACUGCAGAAGUGAAAUAAACACCAUUUUCAAGUUGAUGUACUAAGUUCAUGUAAGAGAUCCAAUGAAAACAAAGCAGUAAUGUUGUAAAUAGUUCCUGAGGCCCCAAAGUCCAGUCUGCCAAUCUCUCCAUACACAUUUAAGCACUUUUGUUUAUGUUUACCAUAGUUACUUUUCACCAAUUCUUGUUUAUGAUUUCAUUUUCAGAACAUGAAUCUUGUUUCCUAAUUAAAAACCUUUUAUAAAUGUUAUACCAUACAGACAUUUUUAUGGAAUGCUUUCAUGUUCACUUUCUAUCUUCAGGGACCUCAUAAUGUGUUAUAAACAAAUUGUUCUUUGUGUCCAGAAAAAUAUAUGUAUUUAUAAUCAGAACUUCUACAGCUUCUAAGCAACUGUCUAUGUAUAAAUAAAAAAUGUACGGACAUCUUGCUUACUGCUAAUUUCCUUACCUGCUCACAGUAACAGUAGUCUCCCCUGCUAUUGCCGAAUUCAUUUUCAUGUAUACAUGUUUAUUGUUAAAAAUAGGUACAUGUUGUUAUUUGAAAAAUGUACUGAUUAAUGUUUGAUGGCAAGUCUACUUCAGAACAAAGAGAUGAGAUUAAUGGUGUUCCGUUUUAUUGGCCCGACAUGCAACGGCUGUCUCUUUUUCAUGUUUAAGUUAGUGCACCCUGGACUCAUAAUGAGAUUUGUCAGUUUUUAUGUGAUGAAGUAUUCUUGUUGGACAGGAUUAUAUAGUAAAUAUAGCUCAAAGCACUCAUAUCUUUCCUUCAAAAAUGAAGAAUGCUAAAAUCACAAACAUAAUACAUGUAUUCAGAUUGUCUAUCCGGGUGCACUUCUAUAGAGGCCAGUGUAGGUAAAUAAAUAAGGGCAUUGCAGAAUUGUUACCUGUAGGAAAUACUCAUGUAUACAAAUGUUGCGUGGUCAGGUCAGUAAAAUAUGUAAGAAAAACCUGUUACAAUACAGCAUCUAACUUUAACACUGACCAGUUAAAAUUAUUGAUAGGUAUUUAGUUUUUUUCAAUGGAAACUUGAAAAUAAAAUUUAAAAUGAAUAACAUUUACUCCUAAUGUUUUAAGUGCUUUUUAACUUGUGAUAUAACAUUUAAGUGACUUGAAAGUUUCUUAGAUAAAGGUUUAGUUGACGUAAUUUCAAACUAACACAUUGUUUUGCUUUUAUAACUUGUGUGACGAUUUUGUCCUUUUUCUGUAUCAGUGUUGUAACUGCAUUUAAGAAAGCUUGAGUGCUCUUUUUCUACAUUCCUUUAGUAGUGUGAUGUUUUAUUUUAAGUAACAGAAUUGUAAGAGAAUGUAAAUGGUGUUAUACUUCAAAACAUGAGAAAUGUUCUGUUGAAGUUAAACUUCAAAGAAAUCUAACACUUUAUUUUUCAUAGAAUGUGCAGACACAUGUUUCCUGUUGUAGAUGUGGUAAUUUUCACAUUACUUUUAAUUUUACAAAUCUGUAUACAUCAGUCAUAUUUGCAUUUUUAAGAAUUCGCAAUUCUUACUGGUUACACUAUUUCAGAUAAUAUUACUUAAUGUUUGAGACCAGGUUGAGUUUGCAUGUCAGUUUGUUACUGUGCCAGUUUAUUCACAGGUAUAAAUGAACACCAAACCAUCCCAAAUAUAGACCAAUCUACAUCAUUUAUUUAAAGAGUGUGUCUGGCUUAAAAAUACACCAAUUUCAUAGGUUAAGGAAAAAAACUAUAGCUUGAUCAAUGAAAAAAUAUGUAUAUUUAUAUAUUAUGAUAUUUUGUUGUAACUGUGUGUGCAAUAUUUAGUACCAUACCAAGAAGUUUGAUACGGUACUUUUGAUUUAUCAUGGUUGAUACAACUGUGCUGGAGGAGGUUUGGAGUUUGAGCAUUAGAAAUUGAGAAGCUGUGUGCAACUCCCAGUUGUUGAGUAUAAAAGUUUCGAAUGAUAAGUAGAAUCAAGUACUGUACAUACUAAAGUUUACAUAGAUGUUUUAAAGUGGCUUGUAAACAGAAUUUUGAAAAGAAAUCAACUUGUGUACAUUAUAUUAAAAAGAAAACUUAUUUACAAAAAUUUAAAAAGAAAUGUUGACUCAGAUUAUGUUGAGAAUUAUAUUUUGUAAAGUUAGCUUUUGAUAUUCAUGCUUGUUUGAGGAUUAUUCAAUGUAUUCAAAGAGAUAAAGCAGCUGUAUUCAAAGAGAUAAAGCAGCUGGGAUGCUUGAGAUAUGAUGAACAUAAUGAACAUGAACAUUAUCUUUUAACAAAUAUUUCAUGCAAUUUAACACUCCCUUUAGUUUUUUCUCAGUGUCCUUCAAACUCUGUGAAAUUGAAGAUUUGUUAUCACCAGUGUGAAAGUUUAGCUUUAAGUAUAUGUCAGGGGAUAUAAGCGCUCUUUUUAUGUAUAUAUAGAAGCUAUUUAUAAGUCCUAAUUCAGAUUGUGUAAACUAUUCCAUUAUUUUCUUUUAACUUGUAAUAGCUUUCUAUUUUUCCAAAGUAAAAACUCUGAUAUAGGGUCUCAUAUUUGUAGAAGAAUGAAUGAACAAAUGAAUGACUGAAUAAUCAUGUUUGAUCUAUAUGAAUUAUAGAUCAUUAAAUUGAAAUUAAUAAAGAAAACCAUGUAUAAAGAAUAAAUAAAUGAUGGACACAACUUCUUAUAGAUGCCUACAUAAGUUCAGAUAUAUCCAAAUUAUUUUAACACGAAGGAAGUUUUAUUAAAAGCUAUAUCAUGCGACCUUAGUCUAUGUAUAGAUAAAUUUAUACUUGGAAAUGCAUAUUGUUUAAACCAAAAACAAACUACCAGAAUGUUCUAUGUCAAAAUUUAUUACACAUGAAGAGCUUUACCACUGUUAGUUAUGUUUGUUCACUCUGAUAUUACAGUCUUCAUCAAAAGUUACCCAUUCAUCUUACUCAAAAAGAAAUGUAGUUUAUCAGGACCUGGGAUCUUUAUAAAGUUUGAUUUGCUGAAAUAUCUUAAUGAAUGUUCUGAAAAAAACAAAAACACUGUUCAGCUGAAAUAUUAAAAUUGCUGAAAAAUAGAUCUACUUUUGAAGAAUUUUACGUCAUAAAGUUUAAACACAAUAUAAACAAGACAUAUAUGUUUGAUAAUGACAUGUAUGUCUAUAGAAAGUAAUAAUUUACUUUACAAAGUUAUGUGGAUGAACUUACUUAUGUUUUAGGUGAAUUUCAAUAAUCUAUAAAUUAUUCUUGUAACAAUGUAAGUAUUCAUGAUAAUUGUUUUUCAGUAAUAUUGUUAUGGAAUGAAAUGUUUAAGCUGUGGGUUAAUUAGCACGGUGUUAUCACAGCUAGCACAAUGUUAUCACAGUGAUGUUGUUCUAAUGUGUGAUGCAUUGUCUAAAUUUUGAUUAAAUAUAACAUUUGUAUCGAUUAGAUUUUAUAGGUUUUGAAAACUUUAUAAUGCAUAUUAGUUUGUAAAAUGGUAUAAAUUCAAAGUGUUCUUACAUUUAAAUAUUUACCUGGAUUGUUAAAAAAAGGUAAUUUAUUACCGGAGAUAAUUUUUUUUUUAAUACAGAUUACAUUGACAAAAUCUACAUUGAGAUAUAUUUAGUGGUUUUGGAUGUUUAUCAAUUGUUUUUAUUAUUUUGUUCUGUUGUAAAUGUAAUGUAUUUUGAUUAAAGUGGGUGAUUGUUAAA